GGCCUGGGAAGAGGAAUCGAGAGUAGUGGCGCGCGUCUCCAGGACAAGACCCAACAGUAAACUGACUCGGAAUGGAUACUCACGACACAUAUUUACAUCUCCCAGAGUGAGUCUGUGUUCGGACAGGCGCUUGGUGAGGUUUGGACGAGUGGUGCUCGCAGUCAUGUGGCAUCCGGCAGCGUGGCCUCUUCACGGUCAGAGUCACGGCAGAGAGGACAGUCACUACAACACCCACACUAGUGCUCUUUAUUCGCCCCCCUAUCAGCCGCCACCCCUGAGUUCCAUGGUGGGAAAUCCGUCCGUCAUCAGUUCGUCCCGCCCACUGCAGUCUCCCAUGAGCACCCUGGGCUCAUCCAUGAAUGGCCUGGCCUCACCCUACUCAGUCAUCGCCCCGUCUCUGGGCUCACCAUCCAUUUCCUUGCCCUCUACGCCCAGUAUGGGCUUUAACACUCUCAGUAGCCCGCAGAUGAACUCUUUAAAUGUGAAUAACUCAGAAGACAUCAAGCCUCCACCAGGAUUGCCUCCGCUGAGCAACAUGAGCAGCUAUCAGUGCAGCAGCCCUGGAACCCUCUCCAAACACAUCUGUGCCAUUUGUGAGGACCGAUCUUCAGGGAAGCACUAUGGUGUUUACAGUUGUGAAGGUUGCAAAGGCUUCUUUAAGAGGACCAUCCGAAAAGACUUGAGCUACACGUGUCGAGACUGUAAAGAGUGUUUGAUCGACAAACGCCAGCGCAACCGUUGCCAAUAUUGUCGCUACCAGAAGUGCCUGGCAAUGGGCAUGAAGCGGGAAGCAGUGCAGGAAGAGAGGCAGCGUGGGAGGGAGAAAGGUGAUGAUGUAGAAUCGACGAGCAGUUUUAAUGAAGACAUGCCUGUGGAUAAGAUUCUGGAUGCAGAACUUGCAGUCGAACCUAAGACUGAGACAUACACAGAGAACAGUCCAGGCAACUCCACAAAUGACCCAGUCACUAAUAUCUGCCAUGCAGCUGACAAGCAACUGUUUACUCUGGUGGAGUGGGCCAAGAGAAUACCUAAUUUCUCCGAUCUGCCUCUGGAUGAUCAGGUCAUUUUGCUUCGAGCAGGAUGGAAUGAGCUCCUCAUUGCUUCAUUCUCUCAUCGCUCAAUCACAGUUAAAGAUGGCAUCUUGCUGGGCACAGGCCUCCAUGUCCACAGAAGCAGUGCUCACAGUGCAGGUGUCGGCUCCAUCUUUAACAGGGUAUUGACUGAGCUGGUGUCUAAAAUGAAGGAUAUGCAGAUGGAUAAGACAGAACUAGGCUGCCUUAGAGCCAUCGUCCUCUUCAACCCUGAUUCCAAAGGCUUGUCCAACCCAGCAGAGGUAGAGGCACUGAGGGAGAAAGUUUACGCCUCACUGGAGACCUAUACUAAACAGAAAUACCCUGACCAGCCUGGCAGGUUUGCUAAACUUUUGUUGCGUCUUCCUGCCCUCCGAUCCAUUGGACUUAAGUGUUUGGAGCACCUAUUUUUCUUUAAGCUGAUUGGAGACACACCCAUAGACACUUUCUUAAUGGAGAUGCUCGAAGCACCCCAUCAGAUCACGUGACAUGAGUUCCAACAGACCAUUUUUUGUACAUAUUCUUAUGUAACUAAUAUAAUAACGAACUUGAUUGAAGAUAUUGCAGUUUGCUGCAUAUUUUAAACCAUGCACAAAUUAUUAUUCUUUUAAAAAAUACUGGCAGGGGAAAAAGAGGAGCAAGUCUGAAAAUAUACAGAUGAAAUUAAUUUUAUUGGUAUGGUUUUGAAAAGAAAUGUAAAUAGCUAAUAUCAGGUAUCCACUGUUGCAAGACAGUGCAUUAAAGAAAAAAAUAUAUUUUAUUCAAGGAAUGUUUAUCA